AUUUGUGUGGAAGCAAAACAAAAGGAGGACUUUUAUCACUCUACUUCCCCUCCACGGACCCAAAAACUAUGAAUUAUCCACAAGCAUUGCCUCCCUUCUUUGCCAUUUCUCCUCCUCUCAUUAGCCUAAACCCUUCCUUCAAGGAACCAUGCUCAUAAACUUCUCUCACUCUCCUCUACCCCCUUCAUCUUCUCUUCCAAGAUUUUCCAACUCGAAGUCACCCGUUUUAGAAUCAUCCUCUUUAAAAUCCAAAACCAACUUUCUUAAACCUCUUCCCUCUUCACCUUGCUAUUCAUCAAACCUUAGUUUUCACCCCAAGACUCACCUUUUCAGUAGAUGCCCACAUGGGAAAAGGUUGGACUUAAGGUCAUGCGCUGUUUCUGGAUUUGACAUGGGGAACUUUGAGUCUGUUUUAGAGGCAGCUGGAGUGUUGACAGCCAUUAUUGUUGUUCAUGAAAGUGGUCACUUUCUUGCUGCUUAUCUACAGGGUAUCCAUGUAAGUAAAUUUGCUGUUGGGUUUGGUCCGGUUUUAGCUAAAUUUAGUGCUAAAAACGUUGAAUACUCUUUAAGAGCAUUUCCUCUGGGUGGGUUUGUGGGGUUUCCUGAUAAUGAUCCGGAGAGUGAUAUACCAGUAGAUGAUGAGAAUUUGCUUAAGAAUAGACCGAUAUUGGAUAGAACGAUAGUGAUAUCAGCUGGUGUUAUUGCCAAUAUUAUCUUUGCUUAUGUUAUAAUCCUUGCUCAAGUAUUAUCAGUUGGUUUGCCUGUGCAAGAGGCCUUUCCUGGGGUGCUUGUUCCAGAAGUUCGAGCCUUUUCCGCUGCUUCCCGAGAUGGGUUGCUUCCCGGGGAUGUAAUUCUUGCUGUUAAUGGAACUAACUUGCCUAAAAUUGGGCCAAAUGCGGUUUCCGAGGUUGUUGGGGUCAUCAAGAGUAGUCCUAAAAAGAAUGUGUUGCUUAAGGUUGAGAGGGGAAAACAGGAUUUUGAGAUUGGCGUCACCCCGGAUGAGAGUUUUGAUGGAACAGGUAAAAUUGGAGUUCAAUUAUCACCCAAUGUAAAGAUUACCAAGGUUGUAGCCAAGAACAUCUUGGAGGCAUUUAAUUUUGCUGGAAAAGAAUUUUUGGGUCUUUCAUCCAAUGUGGUGGAUAGCUUGAAACAAACUUUUUUAAACUUCUCUCAAUCAGCUAGUAAGGUUUCUGGUCCGGUUGCUAUUAUUGCUGUUGGUGCAGAAGUUGCAAGGUCGAAUAUUGAUGGACUUUACCAAUUUGCAGCUGUGCUCAAUAUUAAUCUUGCAGUGAUAAACCUCCUUCCAUUACCUGCUUUGGAUGGGGGCUCCCUGGCCUUGAUUCUCAUAGAAGCAGCUAGGGGUGGGAGAAAGCUCCCUUUAGAAAUAGAGCAGCGGAUAAUGUCAUCCGGGAUCAUGCUUGUUAUUCUCCUUGGACUAUUUCUUAUUGUUCGGGACACCCUAAACCUUGAUUUCAUCAAAGAUAUGUUGUGAUAAUCUGUCAAGGCCUUCAAAUAAAAAAUGAGUUGAAGUGGUAUGGAGCUGUUUUCUUAUCUGUUUGCUUGAUGAUGAUGUCUCAAGGGGGAGAAUACUGACUCUUUGUUCCUUUGUCGAAAUUGGUUUUGGAAAAAGUAUUCGUGACUUGUUUCCAUUUGGUAUCAUCUUAUGUUGGAUCUUUCUUGUAAUUCUGUGACUCAUAGUUUCUUAAAUGAUUAUGGCAGCACUAAGAAGGGUUCUACAGUUCCAUACCCAAAAUUCUGUAAAGAUACCUAAAGGAAAUACAUUCUUUCAGAGUUGCUCCUUGCUAAUUUAGCUCAUUUGGAAUGAAACGGAAACUGCCCAUUGAGUAA